AUGGCAACCUCGACAGAACGUAAAAAGGAUCCCUACCAAUUGGGAUUUGUUUUAGCACCAAGAGUACCUCAGGGUUUGGCAGCCGUUGUUGAAAGUUUAACGAGAGAGGUAUUACGAAAACGACCGGAAGACAUUUACGUUUUUGCUGCUCGUCAUUUUGAAAAAUUACUCACUUUGCGUGAACAAUACGAUGACGUUGAUGAAAAAUCUAACAAAAAAGUACUUGAAAGGCAUAGAAAUAUUUUUGGUGACGGUGACAAGAAAAUAAGCACCGAUGAAAUUCGUCAAUUGGAAAAACAAGAUGAAAAUUUACGAUCGUAUUCAAUCGGUACUAAAAGUAAACGUGGAAAAAUGAAAAUCAAUUCUGAUCAAUCUGAUCGUCAAGAUGAUACGUUAAAAAAACAGAUCAAAAAUGACAAAGAAUCAACAUUAACAAAAUUAGAUCGUAAUUCAAAAACGAUGAAAAUAAUUUCACAAAUGCCAAAUGUAUUGAUAACACGUAACACUGAUAAAAAGGAUAUCAAAAUGGAACUUAGGAAAAAUAGAUUAAGGGAUAAAAGUACGGAUUCUUCUAACGAGGGUCAAUUUCACGAACGUAACUUGGAUAAUUCGAGAAUAAAUUCAUCUUCAUCGUCAUCGUGUAAAGCAACUGAACAACGACGACGACGACGUAGUCGUAACAAUAAUGAAUUAAAUGACGAAUUAAUGAAAAAGAACAAAAAGAUUGGCCGUAGUGAAAGUGUUGAUAGAUAUCCGAGUGGUACGAGUAAAUCAUCGAUUAAAAAUGAAUUAUCAAAAGUACGUAACAUGAAUGAAGUUCAAGAAUAUCUAACGCGUAAUUUUAAUACUACACCAAAUGAAAUCGAUACGAGUUACGUUGAUCUUGUUCAAAAUGUUAUCGAUCAAAAUGUACCAAUAAUCAAAGACAAAAUUGAUGAGUUAAAAUGUCACGUUUUAACUAAUAAAUCUAAAAAUACUCGUAUUAAUAAUGAUACGUUGUUAAAACGUGAUAUUAGACCAAACACUUCGGAAUAUCAUACGAAAUCGUACGAAUGUGAUAAAUAUCGUAGUAAAAGAAGUUCGAGCGUUGAUUCUAUGAUGAAUUUUAAAAGACAACAGGACGAUGAUACAUUGGAAAAUAGAUUGAUCGAUACUCAAAAUAUUUUACAAGGUAUUUCAUCAAAAUGUUAUAACAAAUCAUCGUCUAAUAUUUUGGAUGAAAAUUCAAAGAUAAUAUUGCCAGCGGUUAGACCGGUGUCUUCCAAAAAUUCUAAAUGUCUUUCACGAAGUGAUUCGAAUCAUUUGAUUUUACCACCCAUCUCACCGGAUACAGUUUCAGAAGAUAAAGAAAAUAAUUAUUCUGUUGAUAAUAAAAAUGAUGAUGAUGAUGAUAGUAAUCUUGGAAAUGAUAUAUUACAAUUAUCAACAUCUAUCAAGGAAGAUAUUACAUCUACAAGAAAAAUGUUGGAAAAUGUUAACGAAGUAUUAAAAAAACCCGUUAAUGAUUGUCCUAUCGAUGAUAACAAAAUGAUCGAUGAAGAAAUGUCUUCCACCAAUAAUACGAAGGAAAAUAAUGAGACUAAUGAUAUUGUUGACAACAUUAAUAAUGAUAAUAACUUCAACGAUGUUCUUGGUGAACAAAUAGAAGUUGAAGUUGAAGUAGAUGUACACGCUGAAGAUGAAAUAUUCCAAGAUAGUUUAAAUGUUACACCGGAUAUCAUUGAUAUUCCACCUAGUCCUGAUUCUUUAGAACCAAUUAUAGAUAAUCCUGAUUUGUCAAUGAUAAACGAUGAAACGAAAUUAAAAGAAACAUUUGUUGAAAUUGAAGAAAUAGAAAGUAAUAACAAAGUUGAAAAUGAACAUAAUGAAGAAAUGAAGAGUUCAGAACCAGUGAUCGUUGAAGUUGCAGAUGAUUUGAUUAGUAUAGAAACUGAAGAACCUGUUAAAGAAGAAAUUGUUGAAAUAAUCAAACUAACUGCAAAUUCAGAUCAAAAAUCCGAAUCUGAAUUUGAUGAUAAAUCAACUGGACAAUUGGAAAAUGAUAAAUCUAAAGAUGAAAUAAAUCAUUUGAAAGAAAUCGAUGAAAUUGUUAUUGACGAUGAAGAAAUUAAUAACGAACAAGAUAAUUUAUUAUCUAUUAAAGACAAAAAAUUAAAAGGUUGUACAUUAAACGUUUCAUCGUCAAAAGAAGUUCCAUUUUCGUAUAUCCUUACUGAAGGUUCUCCGGUUGAAAUACCUGAUUUUGUUACUACGGUAAUUAUCCCAGAAAGACCACCAUCAUCACCUGAAUCUAAUCUUGAUAUUGAAGAAGAACAAGAAGAAGAACAACAACAACAAGAACAAGAAGAAACUUCACUUCGUGAAGAAAGACGUAAACGUGCAGUAGAAAGUUUUGGUGAAUAUAUAAAACCAGAACAAAUAGAAUGUUCAACCGUUGACAUUGAUUUUAUACGUGGUAUCAAAGCUGGUCACGAAAUUGCAAUAAUUCGACAAGAUCUCGAUGGUAUCAAAGAGGAAGAAGAAUCUUCAGAGGAAGAUAAGAAACAAUUAAAAUCAAUGAAUAACGAAGAUCAACAAAAUAAUGAAGAUACGAAUAAAGAACCUAAUUCAUCGUUGUUAGAACACAUAUCUGAGACUGAAGAAAACGAUACUGACGAUGAUAAUGACAAAUGUCAGAAGAACAAAAUAAUACCAAUCAUGGAAAUAGAAAUAGAAACAAAGAAUAAUAUCAAAGAAGAAUCUAACGAUAAUGUUAAUAAUUUAAUCGAAAAUUCAUUGGAAAAUGAAGAAAGUACAGAAACAAUUGAAGUUACUUCAGAAUCGACGAAUGAAGUUAAAGAAACAACCAUAACCGAUAGAUCAACUGAUAGUUUAUCAUUGGAUCCUGCUAGGCCAAUUGUUCCGGAAUUAAAUUUGGAUUCUUUGCGUGAUAUUACUAUAUCGUCGUUUAAAAUGAACGAUGCAGAUGAAACCGUAUCGUUGACGGAACAAACAUUGUCAGGAAAGGAUAAAGUUGACUUGGAUGAGAAUGAUGAAAAUGGUGACGAUGAAAAUGAUGAAAAUGAUGACGAUGAAAAUUUGAAUGAAAACGAUCAAAAAGAAGAUAAUAUUACACCGAUUGAAAUGAUUUCUAUCGAUGAAAAACCUAUGGAAAUUAAUGAAUCGUUGAUUAAUUUAAAUGACGAUGAACUGAACAAAGAAAAAAGUUCUAUUAUUUCCGAGGAAGGUGAAAUUAUUAAAAACGAAAAUGAAUUGUCGCAAGUUUCUAAUAAAAUUCAAUCAACGUUAACUGAUACGAUUGAACAAUGUGAUACCAUCAAUAAAAAUGAUUGUUCACCGAUUGAAUAUUUACAAAAAAUAGAAGAAAAGACCGAUUUGGAUACCGAGGAAGAAAUAGCGAAAGAAUUGAUAGAAAUUGAUCGUGCAGAAAAUCUUUCUCAUUUACAAGAUAAUUCAAUAAUUUCGAAUGAUCUUCCUGACGAGAAUAAAUCUAAUGAAAUUUUGAUAAUAGUUUCAGAAGAAAAUAUAAAAAGUACGAAUGAUAAACAAGAUGAUAAUGAUUCUUUAUUUAAAAAUACAAUUUCUGAUAGAUCAAUAGAAAAUUUGAAAGAAACCAUUAGUCCUAAGGAUGAAGAAGAAAAUAUUUCGGAAAAAAUGGAUUCAACGAGAUCUGAUGACAAUUUAGAAAACAACGUGAAAUGUGAGACCUCUUUGACGGCUUUUGAAGAAGUCGAAUCAAAUGAGAUUGAUACGAAAUUGAUUGAUGAUGAGAAAAAAGAAUAUCACAUUGACGUGACAGAUCUUAAACCAAUCGAAAGUCAAGAAAAAGAAGACGAAGAUGGUGAGGAUGAAUCUUCAAAAAGUAGCAGUUCAACUUUUCAUUCGGCUGCUACCAAAAUUCAAGCUGGUAUUCGUGGUUUCUUAACUCGUAAGAAACUUCAAGAAAAUAAUCCUCAUAGUUCUACGUUGGAUAGUAUUCCAUCUAUACAAGAAAGUGUUGCAGAAGAACCAGUAAUUGACGAUUCACAAUUGGUAUCAAAAGAAGUUGCUGAUACUUUGAUCAAGUCUGAUCUUUCAUCGGCAAUCAAAUCGGAAAAUAUCACAAAAAUUGAUGAAAAUGAACAAGAAAAACCAGAACAAUUGACAGAAACAAUUUCAAUGACGAUAAAACAUCGUCAACAAUGUCUUCGUCGUGAAGAUGCCAUACAGAGGAACACCUUGUCAACAGAGAAUGCAUUUGCAUCGUGUGGUGUACAACAUACAGGUGAAUUUCACGAUUGUUUGCCAUUACCUGUAUUGGAAUCUAAUGAAAUGACGAGAAAUAACGUUUUAUCUGAAAACAAAGAUGACGAUGAACCUACAAAACUUACAGAAGAAAAAUUAAUCGAUCAAAAUCAAACCGAUGAAUGUAAGAAAGAAGAUAAUGCACUUGUUGAAUCAUCAAACGAUUUAACAUUGAAAUCAAACGAACGUGACGAUGAUGACGAUGAUAAUAAUAUUGAAAAUAUCAAUCGAACUUCAUCAAGUUUAGAAAAUAAUUUGAACAAUUUAUUUGCUGGAUUAAAUCCAAAUGAUUUAACCAAAUUAUUAGUCAAUCAAGUAAAUAGACAACCAAUCAUGUUAGGACUCGUUGAUAUUGUUUCUAAUUCUGUAAUUGGUACUAAUACCAAUGUAAUAUUUCAAACAAAUGAUAAUUUAAAUGUUAAUGAUAAUUUAACAGGUUCCGUUAAGGACGAUUCCAUUUUAAAAAAUAGUUAUUUAAAUUUUAUAACAAGCAUUGAAGAUAAUGAAUCAAAUCACGUUAUUAAAGAAACAUCGAAAGAAUACAUGCAAGAUCAUUCGAAUGAACAUAGUAUGCAAAGUUUACGUGAACCUUUAGCCCUUCCUGGAACACCUGAAGGUAUUUUGAUCGAGGAAUUAAGUAGUUUGGAUAGUACUACUAUGUCUAAACUUCAAGAUGUUUCUUUUAAUCCUAUCAAUUUGGAAUCUACAACGAUGGAUCGUGAAUCUAUCGAAAAAUCAAUUGAUUCUGAUAAUUCAAUGGAAUUGUUAGAUAAAUCGGAUGACGUGGAUGUUCAGACACCGAUUAAAAAAGAUAAUGUUAAGAUGGAAAUGUCAAGUACGAAAGAAGAUGAUAUUCAAAAUAAAGAAGAGAUGGUUAAAGAUAAUGCAAAUCAAUUAAUUGUCGAUGAGAAUAUUUGUGAUGGGAAAGGGAUUGAAGAGUCUACUAAGUCUAAUUUUGAGGUAGAUGAGGUUGAAAAUCAUGAAAAUAAAAUCGAAUAUUUGGAUGAUCAAGGUGAAAUAAAAGAAGGAAGUUUAAAUGACCAAAAUAAUGAAAAUAAAGAAAUUGCAGAUGAAAAUAAAGAAGCAAGUACUGAUGAAACUAAAGAAACAAGUGCAGAUGAAAAUAAGGAAGCAAGUGCAGAUGAAAAUAAAGAAGCUAGUGCAGAUGAAAAAGAAGAAAAAAAAGAAGCAAGUUUGGAUGACCAAGAUAAAACUAAAGAAACAAGUUCAGAUGAUCAAAAUGAAAAUAAAGAAGCAAGUUCAAAUGAAAAGGCAAACAAUUUAGAUAACUCUAACAACGAAGAAAGUAAAUUAUCAAACGAUACGAUACAACUUAACUUGAAUGAUUGUAUAGAAAAAUCAGAUGAUAAAAAUACAUAA